AUGUGGAUCGUACUGUGCAUUUUUAUUGGCCUACCGCUGCUUUUGGUGGCCUAUUUCGAGCUUGGAUCACUGCGGCGAAAACAAAUGUUAAACAAGUUCCAGGGCCCAAGCAUGCUGCCGUUGGUGGGAAAUGCACAUCAGAUGGGAAAGACUCCCACAGAGAUUUUAAACCGAUUUUUUGGCUGGUGGCAUGAGUAUGAAAAGGGUAACUUUCGUUACUGGAUAGGCUUCUACUCGAAUAUUAUGGUCACUAGCCCCAAGUACAUGGAGUUUAUACUGAGCAGUCAGACCUUGAUAUCCAAGUCCGAUGUCUACGAUCUCACGCAUCCCUGGCUGGGAUUGGGUCUUCUGACCAGUACCGGCAGUAAAUGGCACAAGCACCGCAAGAUGAUCACUCCGGCCUUCCACUUCAACAUCCUGCAGGACUUCCACGAGGUGAUGAACGAGAACUCCAGCAAGUUCAUAGAUCAGCUAAAAAAGUUGGCAGACGGGGACAACAUCUUCGACUUCCAGGAGGAAGCUCACUACCUGACCUUGGAUGUUAUUUGCGACACCGCCAUGGGUGUGUCCAUCAAUGCCAUGGAUAACCGAAGUUGCGCCGUUGUACAAGCCUUUAAAGAUAUUACCUACACCAUCAAGAUGCGAGCGUUUAGACCUUGGAAGCGCAAUGAAUUUCUCUUUCGCUUUGCACCCGAAUACCCAGCCUAUAGUAAGACUCUGAAGACCCUUCAGGACUUUACCAAUAAGAUUAUUGCAAAGCGAGCUGAAGCCCUAAACGAGGGCGUUGAGAAAGUCAGUCAGGAUGAUGAGUUCAGCCGCAAGAAGUUGGCCUUUUUGGACACUCUACUUUCAGCCACAGUGGAUGGUCGGCCGCUAACUUCCCAAGAGCUUUACGAAGAGGUCUCCACCUUUAUGUUCGAGGGGCAUGACACCACCACUUCUGGAGUUGGCUUUGCAGUGUACCUGCUCUCUAGACAUCCCGAAGAACAGAAAAAACUAUUUGACGAACAGUGCAAGGUGAUGGGCCAUUCGGGACUUGGUCGGGAUGCCACUUUUCAGGAUAUCUCCCAAAUGAAACACUUGGAUUUGUUCAUAAAGGAGGCGCAACGUCUUUACCCAAGCGUACCUUUCAUUGGUCGCUUUACGGAGAAGGAUUAUGUGAUUGAUGGAGACCUUGUUCCCAAGGGCACUACCUUAAACUUGGGCCUCCUAAUGUUGGGAUACAACGAUCGUGUUUUCAAGGAUCCCCACAAAUUCCGACCAGAUCGCUUUGAUCUGGAGAAGCCGGGACCUUUUGAGUACGUGCCCUUUAGUGCCGGUCCACGAAAUUGUAUUGGACAAAAGUUCGCUUUGCUGGAGAUCAAGACUGUCGUUUCAAAGAUCAUUCGGAACUUCGAGGUUCUUCCAGCUUUGGAUGAGCUCGUUUCUAGGGACGGCUAUAUAAGUACGACCUUGGGGCUUCCCCCAGAGGAGAAGAAGAAGCGCGAUGCUCAUAUCAAUAAAUAUGAUCCGGUUUUGUCGGCUUCCAUGACCUUGAAGUCUGAGAAUGGUCUGCAUUUGCGCAUGAAGCAGAGGCUUUAAAUGUGAUUACCUGAUAAAAGUUAAAAGCCU